AUGAGGAAUGCACAAGAGAAAAUUACAGGGGCUGUUCAAGCUCUUCCUCCAACUUUCAACACUGUUUACAGCCAUGCAUCGGAUAUCAGCUUUCUAGACGAACAGAGGGAUCAGUUGACAAAACUCAUCUCUACAAGCAUACAAGGAAAAGCCCUUGUGGAAGAAGCUAGUAAGGAUCAAAUGAAAUAUAUCUAG